ACUUUGUUUUUUUUUUUCAAUUGGUCGUUGACUUCUAACCGUUAACAUCAUUUUGAAAUUUCUUUCGGCCGCAUUAUCAAAAUUUUUGUUUCCCAAAUUUCUCUUGAAUAUUAAAAAGUAAAAGCAAUAAUGUCCGCACACAGUCUCACCGAAGAGCAGGAACGCCAGUUCCGCAAGAUGUUCGACAUGUUCGACAAAAAUGGCGACGGCUCAAUCACCACCACAGAGCUGGGAGCGGUCGUGCGUGCCCUGGGAAUGAACCCUUCCAUAGCGGAAAUCGAACAGAUGAUCCACGAGGUGGACCUGGACGGAAGCGGGUCGAUCGAGUUUAACGAAUUUCUCACGCUGAUGGCUCGCAAGUCGAGGGAAGGAACGUCACAGGAAGAACUUCGGGAUGCGUUCAAAGUUUUCGACAAGGACGGCGAUGGGUUUUUGACGGUUGAGGAGCUGUCGGCUGUUAUGAAGAACUUUGGAGAACGAUUGACCGACGACGAACUGGCGGAUCUGCUGGAAGAGGCAGACAUUGAUGGCGAUGGAAAAAUCAAUUAUGAAGAGUUUGUAAUCAUGUUGAGUAAAUAGGUUGAGGCUAACUUAUCAUUUCAACUUUAUUUCUGCGAAAAAUAUAUAAUACGUACACCUGUAAA